AUGGUGCGGCGCGGGAGGCGGCGGCGCCGGCGGCGGGCGGCGGCAGUGGCAGUGGCGGUAGGCCCGGCGGAGCCCCGCGGCGAGAAACAGAGAGCCAAGGAAGUGGCUGACAUUUUUAAUGCCCCCAGUGACAAUGAAGAUUGUUUGGGUUUCCAGGAUGAUGCUUCCAGACAGAGGUUGUUGUCACAGGACAGCUAUGCUGGUGUUGAUUCCCUGGAGUCAGGAAAAAAGUCCAGGUACCUCACUGAAGAACUGCGGAGGAUUUUCACUGAAGACACUGACUCUGAAACAGAAGCAUUUGAAGGCUUUGCUUCAAGUGAGGUGGACGUGAACAAGAAAAGAGUUCUGGCAUUGGAGUCAAACUUGAGUGAUCAAGAACAUGAUAAUUUCCUGGGUAAUGAGGAAGAAGAGGAAGAGAUGAAGAAGGUUUCCCCCAAGAGAAAAAGCUUUGGACUUCGUGUUGCCUUGCAGUUUCCCACCAGAAAGUCAUCUGAAAAAAAAGUGCCUGAACAGUCUUUUUCUAACUUACCUCUAAAGGACAGUGAAUCCCUCACACCUCUUUCAAAAGAAAUAAGCUGUAAGCGGUGGGACAAACGAGAGGGCUCUGCUUCAGAGUCUGAGGAAGACAUUAAAGAAACACAGGAGGAAAAUUCCAGUGCUCUGCUUAAGAGAGCCAUGAAUAUUAAAGAAAACAAGGCCAUGCUUGCCCAGUUGCUGGCAGAAUUGAAUUCCAUACCUGACCUGUUCCCAGUGAAAACACCCACUGUGACUCCUUCAAAACAGAAGAAAAUCCCAAGGAGGACAUUUUCUGAAGGCCAGAUAGCACGGCGUAUGAACCCAACCAGAAAUGCUCGUCCACCAGAGAAUUUUGCCUUGGAAAAAUUUACUAUGUCAGCUGUUAAAUUUGCAGAACAAUUCCGUAACUAUAGACAACAAAACCUCUUGAAGAAGAGACUCAGUGUGCAGGGGGAUUGUGCAGUGCGGAAAAGGAGGAGAUCAUCAAAGUAUUCAUCUCACCGCCCAGUAGAAGAUAUUACUGAGGAGGACUUGGACAACAUUGCAGUCACAGUUAAAGACAAAAUCUAUGACAAAGUUCUGGGCAGCACUUGCCACCAAUGUCGACAAAAGACAAUUGAUACAAAGACAAUCUGUCGCAACCAGGGCUGUGGAGGAGUAAGGGGGCAGUUCUGUGGACCCUGUCUCCGAAAUCGAUACGGGGAAGAUGUGAAAUCAGCACUGCUUGAUCCAGCCUGGAUCUGUCCUCCUUGUCGUGGGGUGUGCAACUGCAGCUACUGCCGGCGGCGGGACGGGCGCUGUGCCACGGGCAUGCUCAUCCACUUGGCAAAGUUCUACGGCUACAACAACGUCAAGGAGUACCUGGAAAGUUUACAGAAGCAGCUAGCGGAUGGAAACUGAGAACAUUGCAUUCACGCUGUGCCUGCAACUGGUUCAUAUAUUGAGAAAUUUUGACUUCAAAAGGUUAUUACUCUGUUUUAUAUGAGAUAGAACUGUAGGGUAUAGUAUAUGCAUUUCUGUGUUGGGAAUUUUUUUUAAUUGAUGUGGUCUUAUGCAAAAGAUCUCUCAGGAAAAUGUUUUUGUAGAGAAAUCUACAUGCACAGACCUAUACGUUAAGUGAAAUGGCACUCUUGAACUUUGGUUAAUGUUUAAUAGAGCUUCACAAUCACAUGAUGGAGAACUUGGUCAGUUGGUACAAUAUUUUUAUUUAUAUGAUUGUUCAAGUUUGCAGAAAGGAUGUUUAACAACUACCUGUAAAGCAUACCUUGUCUUUGAAGAAACAAAACCCCUGUUGUGUUCCAACUUGACCAUAAAGAUUCAGAUUUCUAACCCUUGCUUUCUGAACCUUUUCUUCCACCUGUAGUUUAUGGAACUUGUCCCUGCAAAGUGAAUGCCAUUGUAUUCCAGCCAAAGCUGAUGCAACCUAACACUGGGAGAAUGCUAUAUUUUUUUUAAAUUCCAAAGUGCAAUUAAUCACUAAACAUGAAAGUGGAAAAGUGUUUUGUAAAAAAAAAUAAUAAUAAAAAAAUAUUUAAACAUUGUCCCAGUAAAGAAAAAGAAUUGCUCACUAACAGUUUUUUGUGGUGCACGUGCUGCCUGAACCAGCUACCUUACAGCAAUCAAAACUGGUUUAGAUCACAAGGUUUAGGAUUAUUUUUUUAAAUAGAGUUCAUGUUUAGAUGUUUUUUCAUAUAUACAAUAAUGCUUUCAAACAACCUUGUUUAAAUGCAACAUUGUUUGUAUUGCAGUAUGCUUAUGUUAAAAUUGUUGUAAGAUACAUGUUUCAUUUUAUGUAGAGAGAAUAAAGAAUAAUCCAGAGGAG